AUGAUACGGACCAAGUUGCUCUCGACUUGCACCCACCGUCGUUGUCGCCAUCCCCUACACUUGCCGGGUCCACGUCGAAUCGGAUCGGCUCUCUCCUUCCAUCUGUAUUCGAAGCUUCAUGACAAAGUGACCCUGGCCAUCAAGGCCGAACAUCAUCAACGCAUCUGGGAACGUCGUACACCACUCGCACCCCAUCAUGUCAAGAAACUGAUCGAAAAGUUUGGAGAUUCUCUUGCGGUCCAUGUCGAGUCCAGCCAAAAAAGAAUUUUUGAUGACCAAUCCUAUUUAAACGCUGGAGCAGAAUUGGUUCCUGCUGGAGGAGCUGAUGGUGAUGUGGUGAUGGCGAUUAAAGAGAUUCCCAUCGAAGAAAUUCGAGACCACGGACCCGGUCAGCCAAGGACGUACCUCUUUUUUUCUCACACUCAUAAAGGUCAAUUGUAUAAUGUUCCUUUACUCAAGCGAAUGGUAAACUCUGGAGACGGAUUCAUAGAUUGGGAAUUACUCGUCAACCCUCAAACUGGCGCUCGUGAAGUAUCCUUCGGGAGAUUAGCCGGUGUGGUUGGAGCAGGAGAAGCUCUGUCGGGUUAUGGACUCUCUGCCUUAAAAGAUGGAUUCUCCACUCCUUUUUUGAACCUAGCGCGACCGUAUACGUUUCAAUCCACAGAAGAUUUCUUUACUGGCCUCAAACUGCUUCGUGGCAGGAUCGCUGGUGGAUAUCGAGGCCCAAUGCUCAGUGUAGUCGUUACCGGUUCCACAGGACGGGUAGGCAGAGGUAUUGUCGAAACACUCGAUCAUGCUGGGAUUGAAUGGGUUGAAAAUCUCACCCAAUUCCAAGAACAAGUGUCUGCUUCAGAAAGCCUUGAAACCCAUCACAGAAUAAUGGGCUACAAGGCGAAGUUGGAAGAUUAUAUAGUGCAUCAGUCGGGAGACAGUGGCGCAAUGUUUGAUCGCGCCAAUUACAACGCCCAUCCAGAACGAUUUCGCUCUGUCUUUCACGAAAAUGUCGCGCCUUGGACGACAUUAUUGAUCAAUGGGGCCUAUUGGUCAACGGGAUUCCCUCGAUUGUUAUCCAAUGACCAGCUCUCACAUUUGUUUAAACAUCCCAAUCCCCGUUUAACAGGCGUAACAGACAUUUCAUGUGAUUUUUAUGGCGGGUUGGAGUUUGUAGACCGGGCCACUACGAUUGAGGCACCUUAUGCAUAUUUCAAAUAUGAUCAUCCAAGCUCAAUGAUGACCGAGUCCCGAUGGGCUGAUCUCGACAGCAGGCUACAACUCAUCUCCAUAGAAAUCUUACCCUCUGAGCUCCCCAAGGACGCAUCUGAAAGUUUCUCAUCGGCCAUAUUCCCCUACAUCACCUCGCUCAUCCAAUCCAAACUGCCACAAAAUGAUGUCGAGAAUCCGGAAAUUUUACAGCGAUUGAAAAAUGGGAUGAUUUGCGGAGAUGGUAUUCUGAUGCCCCAACAUGAAGGCCUGGCCCCAUUGUUGGCCAGCUCUUUAAGCCCAGCGCCGGCUACACCUGUAACUAAUAAAAUGGAUGUCUCCGGAGGGUCACAAAAAGUUGUAAUAUUUGGUAGUGGAUUGGUUGCUAAACCAGCUAUCGAAACAUUAUUACAAGAAGCCAAUAUAGAAGUAACUAUCGCCGCCAAGGAUUUAGAAGAAGCUGAGAGUCUCAGUCAGCGGGUUAGUAAGAAUGACCCGUCCAAGCAAGCCCGCACGAGAAUUGUCCAGUUGGACGCUGCAAGUGACAGAUUAGGAGUUUCGGAAUUAGUGAAAGAGGCCGAUAUCGUGAUGAGCCUGCUACCGGCCCCCAUGCACCCUUUGAUUGCAACAGCCUGUCUUGAGCACUCCGUCAAUCUGAUCACAGCCUCUUAUGUUUCGCCAGCCAUGGCCGAUUUCGACGAAGCAGCCAAAUCUAAAAACCUUGUAUUCUUGAACGAACUGGGACUUGAUCCUGGGAUCGAUCAUAUGACAGCCGUCAGUUUAAUCCAAAGAUUGAAACGCAGCCAACCUGAAUCUCGAAUUAAAUCGUUUGUCAGCUUCUGUGGAGGAUUGCCCGAACAAUCUGACGGUCUCCUGGGAUAUCGCUUUUCUUGGUCGCCUAGAGGCGUCCUGGAAGCUGCGGGAAACCCUGCUCAAUUUCUUCUGGCUGGAAAGAGAUACGAAAUCAGCGGAGAAAAAUUGCUCAAGAGGAGAUUUCCCGGAGUGGGCGUUGCAGUGUUCGAUGGAAAGUUCAAGGAAGGGAACCCAGCUUUGGAAGGGGUUGCCAAUCGAGACUCGUUGGGAUACACGUCUCGCUACGGUUUAGAUGAUCAAUUGGAGACGAUGCUCAGGGGUACCUUAAGAUUCGAAGGGUUUUGUGAGGUCAUGCAUGUCUUGAAAAAAAUCGGACUGGUCAGGAAGGAUGGGCAUUUUGAGUGGAGCAAAGCUGGAGUGCCUAGGCGAUGGGACGAGGUGAUUGAAAAGAUGGGAAAGAAAAUUGAGGAUGGUAGGACGAAGCGAGUAUUGACGAAAUUAGGUCUUUUGCCUGGCUCAGACGCCUCCACGAUGAGAUCAAACGACCUCCCCAUGAUGCCAAGUGAAUCAGAGCUGCAAAGAAUUCUUCCAAUCGACCUCUUGUGUCAAUUCCUAUCUCAUAAGCUUCAAUACGGACCGAAUGAAAGAGACAUGGUCUUACUUAGCCAUGAACUGCGAAUAGAGACCAGCACGGGCGCCCAACAGAUUUUAAAAUCCGAGUUGAUUGCUCGAGGGGAUGAGGAAAACUCGGCCAUGUCCAGAACUGUCGGAAGUCCGAUCGGGAUCGGUGCGCUCGUGGUAUUGAAAGAGGCGGCUCAAAUCCCCAAGGGUGUUGUACGACCGGUCGAGCAAGCCGUCUGGGAGAGUGUCUUGAACCAGCUAGAAACGGAAUCUCAUCUCAAAAUGGUCGAAAAACAGUUCAGUCUCUCCGAAGCUCGCGCUCAGAUUGGUGGCGGACUCGAAAGCGUUCUCAGAUCUGCCGUCAAGAGAUGGUAG